AUGACCCCGCCCCAUUCUCCCGCUUUCCAUCACCCCGCCCCAUUCUCCCGCUUUCCAACACCCCGCCUCAUUCUCCCACUUUCCAUCACCCCGCCCCAUUCUCACUCUUUCCAUCACCCCUCCCCAUUCUCCCUCUUUCCAUCACCCCGCCCCAUUCUCCUGCUUCCUAUCACCCCGCCCCAUUCUCCCUCUUUCCAUCACCCCGCCCCAUUCUCCCGCUUUCCAUCACCCGCCCCAUUCUCCCGAUUUCCAUCACCCCGCCCCAUUCUCCCGCUUUCCAUCACCUCGCCCCAUUCUCCCGCUUUCCAUCACCCCGCCCCAUUCUCCUGCUUUCCAUCACCCCGCCCCAUUCUCCCGCUUUCCAUGACCACGCCCCAUUCUCCCGCUUUCCAUCACCCCGCCCCAUUCUGCGUCUAUCCAUCACCCCGCCCCAUUCUCCCACUUUCCAUCACCCCACCCCAUUUUCCCUCUUUCCAUCACCCCGCCCCAUUCUCCCGCUUUCCAUCACCCCGCCCCAUUUUCCCUCUUUCACUCACCCUCGCCCCAUUCUCCCGCUUUCCAUCACCCCGCCCCAUUCUCCCGCUUUCCAUCACCCCGCCCCAUUUUCCCUCUUUCCAUCACCCCGCCCCAUUCUCGCGCCUUCCAUCACCCCGCCCCAUUCUCCCUCUUUCCAUCACCCCGCCCCAUUCUCCCGCUUUCCAUCACCCCGCCCAAUUCUCCCGCUUCCCAUCACCCCGCCCCAUUCUCCCGCCUUCCAUCACCCCGCCCCUUUCUCCCUCUUUCCAUCAAACUGCCCCAUUCUCCCGCUUUCCAUCACCCCGCCCCAUUCUCCCGCUUUCCAUCACCCCGCCCCAUUCUCCCGCUUUCCAUCACCCCACCCCAUUCUCCCGCUUUCCAUCACCCCGCCCCAUUCUCCCGUUUUCCAUCACCCCGGCCCAUUUUGCCGCUUUCCAUCACCCCGGCCCAUUCUCCCGCUUUCCAUCACCCCGCCCCAUUCUCCCGCUUUCCAUCACCCCGCCCCAUUCUCCCGCUUUCCAUCACCCCGCCCGCUCCAUUCUCCCGCUUUCCAUCACCUCGCCCAAUUCUCCCUCUUUCCAUCACCCCGCCCCAUUCUCCCGCUUUCAAUCACCCCGUCGCAUUCUCCCUCUUUCCAUCACCCCGCCCCAUUCUUCCUCUUUCCAUCUCCCCGCCCCAUUCUCCCUCUUUCCAUCAUCCCGCCCCAUUCUCCCGCUUUCCAUCACCCCGCCCCAUUCUCCCACUUUCCAUCACCCCGCCCCAUUCUCCAUCUUUACAUCACCCCGCCCCACUCUCCCGCCUUCCAUCACCCCGCCCCAUUCUCCAUUUUUCCAUCACCCUGCCCAAUUCUCCUGCCUUCCAUCACCCCACCCCAUUCUCUCAUCUUCCAUCACCCCGCCCCAUUCUCCCUCUUUCCAUCACCCUGCCCCAUUCUCCCUCUUUCCAUCACCCCGCCCCAUUCUCCCUCUUUCCAUCACCCCGCCCAAUUCUCCCGCUUUCCUUCACCCCGCGCCAUUUAACCUCUUUCCAUCACCCGCCCCAUUCUCCCGCUUUCCAUCACCCGGCUCCAUUGUCCCGCUUUCCAUCACCCUGCCCAUUUCUCCCUCUUUCUAUCACCCCUUUCCAUUCUCCCUCUUUCCAUCACCUUGCCCCAUUCUCCUGCUUUCCAUCACCCCGCCCCAUUCUCCCUCUUUCCAUCACCCCGCCCCAUUCUCCCGCUUUCCAUUACCCCGCCCCAUUCUCCUGCUUUCCAUCACCGCGCCCAAUUCUCCCGCUUUCCAUCACCCCUCUCCAUUCUCCCUCUUUCCAUCACCCCGCCCCAUUCUCCUUCUUUCCAUCAACCCGUCCCAUUCUCCCUCUUUCUGUCACCCCACCCCAUUCUCCCUGUUUCCAUCACCUCGCCCCAUUCUCCCUCUUUCCAUCACCCCGCCCCAUUCUUCCUCUUUUUAUCACCCCGCCCCAUUCUCCCAAUUUCCAUCACCCCAGCCCAUUCUCCCGCUUUCCAUCACCCCGACCCAUUCUACCACUUUCCAUCACCCCGCCCCGUUCUCCCGCUUUCCAUCACACAGCCCCAUUCUCCCUCUUUCCAUCACCCCGCCCCAUUCUCCCGCUUUCCAUCACCCCGCCCCAUUCUCCCGCUUUCCAUCACCCCGCCCCGUUCUCCCGCUUUCCAUCACCCCGCCUCAUUCUCCCUCUUUCCAUCAACCCGCCCCAUUCUCCCUAUUUCCAUCACCCCGCUCCAUUCUCUCGCUUUCCAUCACCCCGCCCGCUCCAUUCUCCCGCUUUCCAUCACCCCGCCCAAUUCUCCCUCUUUCCAUCACCCCUCUCCAUUCUCCCUCUUUCCAUCACCCCGCCCCAUUCUCCCGCUUUCCAUUACCCCGCCCCAUUCUCCCGUCUUUCAUCACCCCGCCCCAUUCUCCCUCUUUCCAUCACCCCGCCCAAUUCUCCCGCUUUCCAUCACCCAGCCCCAUUGUCCCGCCUUUCAUCACCCGGCCCCAUUCUCCCUCUUUCCAUCAACCCGCCCCAUUCCCCCUCUUUCCAUCACCCCGCCUUAUUCUCCCUCUUUCCAUCACCCCGCUCCAUUCUCCCGAUUUCCAGCACCCCGCCCCAUUCUCCCCUUUCCAUCACCCCGCCCCAUUCUCCCUCUAUCCAUCACCCCGCCCAAAUCUCCCACUUUCCAUCACCCCGUCCCAUUCUCCUGUUUUCCAUCACCCUGCCCCAUUCUCUCGCUUUCUAUCACCCCUCCUUAUUCUCCCGCUUUCCAUCACCCCGCACCAUUCUCUCGCUUUCCAUCACCCCGCCCCAUUCUCACUAUCUCCAUCACCCCUCCCCAUUCUCCCUCUUUCCAUCAUCCCGCCCCAUUCUCCCGCCUUCCAUCACCCCGCCCCAUUCUCCUUCCUUCCAUCACCCUGGCCAAUUCUCCCGCUUUCCAUCACCGCGCCCCAUUCUCCCGCCUUCCAUCACCCCGCCCCAUUCUCCCUCUUUCCAUCACCCCGCCCCAUUCUCCCGCUUUCCAUCACCCCGCCCUAUUCUCCAGCCCCAUUCUCCCUCUUUCCAUCACCCCGCCCCAUUCUCUGGCUUUCCAUCACCCCGCCCCAUUUUCUCUCUUUCCAUCACCCCGCCCCAUUCUCCCGCUUUCCAUCACCCCGCCCCAUUCUCCCGCUUUCCAUCACCCCGCUCCAUUCUCCCGCUUUCCAUCACCCCGCCCAAUUCUCCCUCUUUCCAUCACCCCACCCCAUUCUCCCGAUUUCCAUCACCCCGCCCCAUUCUCCCGCUUUCCAUCACCCCGCCCCAUUCUCCCUCUAUCCAUCACCCCGCCCAAUUCUCCCACUUUCCAUCACACCGUCCCAUUCUCCUGUUUUCCAUCACCCCGCCCCAUUCUCUCGCUUUCUAUCACCCCGCCUUAUUCUCCCGCUUUCCAUCACCUCGCACCAUUCUCCCGCUUUCCAUCACCCCGCCCCAUUCUCACUAUCUCCAUCACCCCUCCCCAUUCUCCCUCUUCCCAUCACCCCGCCCCAUUCUCAUGCUUUCUAUCACCCCGCCCCAUUCUCCCUCUUUCCAUCACCCCGCCCCAUUCUUCCACCUUCCAUCACCCCGCCCCAUUCUCCUUCCUUCCAUCACCCUGGCCAAUUCUCCCGCUUUCCAUCACCGCGCCCCAUUCUCCCGCCUUCCAUCACCCCGCUCCAUUCUCCCUCUUUCCAUCACCCCGCCCCAUUCUCCCGCUUUCCAUCACCCCGCCCCAUUCUCCCUCUUUCCAUCACCCCGCCCCAUUCUCUCGCUUUCCAUCACCCCGCCCCAUUUUCCCUCCUUCCAUCACCCCGCUCCAUUCUCCCGCUUUCCAUCACCCCGCCCCAUUCUCCCGCUUUCCAUCACCCCGCUCCAUUCUCCCGCUUUCCAUCUCCCCGCCCAAUUCUCCCUCUUUCUAUCACCCCUCUCCAUUCUCCCUCUUUCCAUCACCCCGCCCCAUUUUCCCUCCUUCCAUCACCCCGCUCCAUUCUCCCGCUUUCCAUCACCCCGCCCCAUUCUCCCGCUUUCCAUCACCCCGCCCAAUUCUCCCGCUUUCCAUCACCCCGCCCAAUUCUCCCGCCUUCCAUCACCCCGCCCCAUUCUCCCUCUUUCCAUCACCCCGCCCCAUUCUCACGCUUUCCAUCACCCCACCCCAUUCUCCCUCUUUCCAUCACCCCGCCCCAUUCUCCCGCGUUCCAUCACCCCGCCCCAUUCUUCCUCUAUCCAUCACCUCGCCCAAUUCUCCCACUUUCCAUCACCCCAUCCCAUUCUCCCGUUUUCCAUCACCCCGCCCCAUUCUCUCGCUUUCCGUCACCCCGCCUUAUUCUCCCGCUUUCCAUCACCCCGCCCCAUUCUCCCGAUUGCCAUCACCCCGCCCCAUUCUCCCGCCUUCCAUCACCCCGCCCCAUUCUCCCGCCUUCCAUCACCCCGCCCCAUUCUCCCUCUUUCCAUCACCCCGCCCCAUUCUCCCGCUUUCCAUCACCCCGCCCCAUUUUCCCGAUUUCCAUCACCCCGCCCCAUUCUCCCGCUUUCCAUCACCCCGCCCCAUUCUCCCGCUUUCCAUCACCCUGCCCCAUUCUCCCACUUUCCAUCACCCAGCCCCAUUCUCCCGCUUUCCAUCACCCCGCCCCAUUCUCCCGCUUUCCAUCACCCCGCCCCAUUCUCCCUCUUUCCAUCACCCCACCCCAUUCUCCCGCAUUCCUUCACCCCGCCCCAUUUUCCCUCGUUCCAUCACCCCGCUCCAUUCUCCCGCUUUCCAUCACCCCGCCCAAUUCUCCCUCUUUCCACCACCCCUCCCUAUUCUCCCUCUUUCCAUCACCCCGCCCCAUUCUCCCGCUUUCCAUCACCACGCCCCAUUCUCCCUCUUUCCACCACCCCGCCCCAUUCUCCCUCUUUCCAUCACCCCGCCCCAUUCUCCCGCUUUCCAUCACCCCACCCCAUUCUCCCUCUUUCCAUCACCCCGCCCCAUUCUCCCGCUUUCCAUCACCCCGCCCCAUUCUCCCUCUAUCCAUCACCCCGCACAAUUCUCCCACUUUCCAUCACCCCAUCCCAUUCUCCCGUUUCCCACCACCCCGCCCCAUUCUCCCUCUUUCCAUCACCCCGCCCCAUUCUCCCGUUUUCCAUCACCGCGCCCCAUUCUCCCGCCUUCCAUCACCCCGCCCCAUUCUCCCGCUUUCCAUCACCCCGCCCCAUUCUCCCGAUUUCCAUCACCCCGUCCCAUUCUCCGCUUUCCAUCACCCCGCCCCAUUCUCCCGAUUUCCAUCACCCCGCCCCAUUCUCCCGCUUUCCAACACCCUGCCCCAUUCUCCCGCUUUACAUCACCCCACCCCAUUCUCACUCUUUGCAUCACCCCUCCCAUUCUCCCUCUUUCCAUCAACCCGCCCCAUUCUCCUGCUUUCUAUCUCCCGGCCCCAUUCUCCCUCUUUCCAUCACCCCGACCCAUUCUCCCGCCUUCCAUCAACCCGCCCCAUUCGCCAUCUUUCCAUCACCCAAUUCUCCCCCUUUCCAUCACCCCGCCCCAUUCUCCCGCCUUCCAUCACCCCGCCCCAUUCUCCCUCUUUCCAUCACCCCGCCCCUUUCUCCCGCUUUCCAUCACCCCGCCCCAUUUUCCCGAUUUCCAUCACCCCGCCCCAUUCUCCCGCUUUCCAUCACCCCGCCCCAUUCUCCCUCUUUCCAUCACCCCGCCCCAUUCUCCCGCUUUCCAUCACCCAGCCCCAUUCUCCCGCUUUCCAUCACCCCGCCCCAUUCUCCCGCUUUCCAUCACCCCGCCCCAUUCUCCCUCUUUCCAUCACCCCGCCCAAUUCUCCCGCAUUCCUUCACCCCGCCCCAUUUUCCCUCGUUCCAUCACCCCGCUCCAAUCUCCCGCUUUCCAUCACCCCGCCCAAUUCUCCCUCUUUCCAUCACCCCUCCCCAUUCUCCCUCUUUCCAUCACCCCGCCCCAUUCUCCCGCUUUCCAUCACCACGCCCCAUUCUCCCUCUUUCCACCACCCCGCCCCAUUCUCCCUCUUUCCAUCACGCCGCCCCAUUCUCCCGUUUUCCAUCACCCCGCCCCAUUCUCCCUCUUUCCAUCACCCCGCCCCAUUCUCCCGCUUUCCAUCACCCGCCCCAUUCUCCCGCUUUCCAUCAUCCCGCCCCAUUCUCCCUCUAUCCAUCGACCCGCCCUAUUCUCCCGCCUUCCAUCACCCCGCCCCAUUCUCCCGCUUUCCAUCACCCCACUCCAUUCUCCCGCUUUCCAUCACCCCACCCCAUUCUCUCGAUUUGCAUCACCCCGCCCCAUUCUCCCACCUUCCAUCACCCCGCCCCAUUCUCCCUCUUUCCAUCACCCCGCCCCAUUCUCCCGCUUUCCAUCACCCCGCUCCGUUCUCCCGAUUUCCAUCACCCCGCCCAAUUCUCCCUCUUUCCAUCACCCCGCCCCAUUCUCCCUCUUUCCAUCAAACGGCCCCAUUUUCCCGCUUUCCAUCACCCCGGCCCAUUCUCCCUCUUUCCAUCACCCCGCCCCAUUCUCUUGCUUUCUUUCACCCCGCCCCAUUCUCCCUCUUUCCAUCACCCCGCCCCAUUCUCCCGCUUUCCAUCACCCCGCCCCAUUCUCCCUCUUUCCAUCACCCCGCCCCAUUCUCCCACUUUCCAUCACCCCGCCCCAUUCUCCCUCUUUCCAUCACCCCGCCCCAUUCUCCCGCUUUCCAUCACACCACCCCAUUCUCCCGCUUUCCAUCACCUCGCCCUAUUUUCUCUCUUUCCAUCACCCCGCCCCAUUCUCCCGCUUUCCAUCACCCCGCCCCAUUCUCCCGUUUUCCACCACCCCGCGCCAUUCUCCCGCUUUCCAUCACCCCGCCCCAUUCUCCCUCUUUCCAUCACCCCGCCCCAUUCUCCCUCUUUCCAUCACCCUGCCCCAUUCUCCCUCUUUCGAUCACCCCGCCCCAUUCUCCCGCUUUCCAUCACUCCGCCCCAUUCUCCCGCUUUCCACCACCCCGCCCCAUUCUCCCGCUUUCCACCACCCCGCCCCAUUCUCCCGCUUUCCAUCUCCCCGCCCCAUUCUCCCGCUUUCCAUCACUUCGCCCAAUUCUCUCGAUUUCCAUAACCCCGCCCCAUUCUCCCGCUUUCUAUCACCCGGCCCCAUUCUCCCGCUUUCCAUCACCCCGCCCCAUUCUCCCACUUUCCAUCACCCCGCCCCAUUCUCCCUCUUCCCAUUACCCGCCCCAUUCUCCCGCUUUCCAUCAUCCCGCCCCAUUCUCCCGCUUUCCACCACCCCGCCCCAUUCUCCCGAUUUCCAUCACCCCGCCCCACUCCCGCUUUCCAUCACUCCGCCCCAUUCUCCCGAUUUCCAUCACCCCGCUCCAUUCUCCGGCUUUCCAUCACCCCGCCCAAUUAUCCCUCUUUCCAUCACCCCGCCCCAUUCUCCCUCUUUCCAUCACCCCGCCCCAUUCUCCCGCUUUCCAUCACCCGCCCCAUUUUCCCGAUUUCCAUCACCCCGCCCCAUUCUCCCGCUUUCCAUCACCCCGCCCCAUUCUCCCGCUUUCCAUCACCCCGCCCAAUUCUCCCGCUUUCCAUCACCCCGCCCCAUUCUCCCGCCUUCCAUCACCCCGCCCCAUUCUCCCUCUUUCCAUCACCCGGCCCCAUUCUCACGCUUUCCAUCACCCCACCCCAUUCUCCCUCUCUCCAUCACCCCGCCCCAUUCUCCUGCUCUCCAUUAACCCGCCCCAUUCUCCCUCUAUCCAUCACCCCGCCCAAUUUUCCCACUUUCCAUCACCCCAUCCCAUUCUCCCGUUUUCCAUCACCCCGCCCCAUUCUCUCGCUUUCCAUCACCCCGCCUUAUACUCCCGCUUUCCAUCACCCCGCCCCAUUCUCCCGAUUUCCAUCACCCCGCCCCAUUCUCCUGCUUUCCAACACCCUGCCCCAUUCUCCCGCUUUCCAUCACCCCGCCCCAUUCUCCCGCUUUCCAUCACCCCGCCCCAUUCUCCCUCUUUCCAUCACCCCGCCCCAUUCUCCUGCUUUCCAUCACCCCGCCCCAUUCUCCCUCUUUCCAUCACCCCGCCCCAAUCUCCCGCUUUCCACCACCCCGCCCCAAUCUCCCGCUUUUCACCACCCCGACCCAUUCUCCCGCUUUCCACCACCCCGCCCCAUUCUCCCGCUUUCCAUCACCCCGCCCCAUUCUCCCGCUUUCCAUCACUUCGCCCAACUCUCUCGAUUUCCAUCACCCCGCCUUAUUCUCCCUCUUUCUAUCACCCGGCCCCAUUCUCCCGCUUUCCAUCACCCUGCCCCAUUCUCCCGCUUUCCAUCACCCCGCCCCAUUCUCCCUCUUCCAAUUACCCGCCCCAUUCUCCCGCUUUCCAUCAUCCCGCCCCAUUCUCCCGCUUUCCACCACCCCGCCCCAUUUUCCUGAUUUCCAUCACCCCGCCCCUCUCCCGCUUUCCAUCACUCCGCCCCAUUCUCCCGGUUUCCAUCAUCCCGCUCCAUUCUCCCGCUUACCAUCACCCCGCCCAAUUCUCCCUCUUUCCAUCACCCCGCCCCAUUCUCCCUCUUUCCAUCACCCCGCCCCAUUCUCCCGCUUUCCAUCACCCACCCCAUUUUCCCGAUUUCCAUCACCCCGCCCCAUUCUCCCACUUUCCAUCACCCCGCCCCAUUCUCCCGCUUUCCAUCACCCCGCCCAAUUCUCCCGCUUUCCAUCACCCCGCCCCAUUCUCCCGCCUUCCAUCACCCCGCCCCAUUCUCCCUCUUUCCAUCACCCCGCCCCAUUCUCACGCUUUCCAUCAACCCAUCCCAUUCUCCCUCUUUCCAUCACCCCGCCCCAUUCUCCCGCUUUCCAUUAACCCGCCCCAUUCUCCCUCUAUCCAUCACCCCGCCCAAUUCUCCUACUUUCCAUCACCCCAUCCCAUUCUCCCGUUUUCCAUCACCCCGCCCCAUUCUCUCGCUUUCCAUCACCCCGCCUUAUUCUCCCGCUUUCCAUCACCCCGCCCCAUUCUCCCGAUUUCCAUCACCCCGCCCCAUUCUCCUGCUUUCCAACACCCUGCCCCAUUCUCCCGCUUUCCAUCACCCCGCCCCAUUCUCCCAAUUUCCAUCACCCUGCCCCAUUCUUCCUCUUUCCAUCACCCCGCCCCAUUCUCCAGCUUUCCAUCACCCUGCCCCAUUCUCCCUCUUUCCAUCACCCCGCCCCAUUCUCCCGCUUUCCACCACCCCGCCCAAAUCUCCCGCUUUCCACCACCCCGCGCCAUUCUCCCGCUUUCCAUCACCCCGCCCCAUUCUCCCGCUUUCCAUCACUUCGCCCAAUUCUCUCGAUUUCCAUCACCCCGCCCCAUUCUCUCUCUUUCUAUCACCCGACCCCAUUCUCCCGCUUUCCAUCACCCUGCCCCAUUCUCCCGCUUUCCAUCACCCCGCCCCAUUCUCCCUCUUCCCAUUACCCGCCCCAUUCUCCCGCUUUCCAUCAUCCCGCCCCACUCUCCCGGUUUCCACCACCCCGCCCCAUUCUCCCGGUUUCCAUCACCUCGCUCCAUUCUCCCGCUUUCCAUGAGCCCGCCCAAUUAUCCCUCUUUCCAUCACCCCGCCCCAUUCUCCCUCUUUCCAUCACCCCGCCCCAUUCUCCCGCUUUCCAUCACCCGCCCCAUUUUCCCGAUUUCCAUCACCCCGCCCCAUUCUCCCACUUUCCAUCACCCCGCCCCAUUCUCCCGCUUUCCAUCACCCCGCCCAAUUCUCCCCCUUUCCAUCACCCCGCCCCAUUCUCCGCCUUCCAUCACCCCGCCCCAUUCUCCCUCUUUCCAUCACCCCGCCCCAUUCUCACGCUUUCCAUCACCCCACCCCAUUCUCCCUCUUUCCAUCACCCCGCCCCAUUCUCCCGCUUUCCAUCACCCCGCCCCAUUCUCCCUCUAUCCAUCACCCCGCCCAAUACUCCCACUUUCCAUCACCCCAUCCCAUUCUCCCGUUUUCCAUCACCCCGCCCCAUUCUCUCGCUUUCCAUCACCCCGCCUUAUUCUCGUGCGUUCCAUCACCCCGCCCCAUUCUCCCGAUUUCCAUCACCCCGCCCCAUUCUCCGCUUUCCAUCAGCCCGCCCCAUUCUCCCGAUUUCCAUCACCCUGCCCCAUUCUCCCGCUUUCCAACACCCUGCCCCAUUCUCCCGCUUUCCAUCACCCCACCCCAUUCUCACUCUUUCCAUCACCCCACUCCAUUCUCCCUCUUUCGAUCACCCCGCCCCAUUCUCCUGCUUUGUAUCACCCCGCCCCAUUCUCCCUCUUUCCAUCACCCCGCCCCAUUCUCCCGCCUUCCAUCACCCCGCCCCAUUCUCCAUCUUUCCAUCACCCUGCCCAAUUCUCCCCCUUUCCAUCACCCCGCCCCAUUCUCCCGCCUUCCAUCACCCCGCCCCAUUCUCCCUCUUUCUAUCACCUUGCCCCAUUCUCCCGCUUUCCAUCACCCCGCCCCAUUUUCCCGAUUUCCAUCACCCCGCCCCAUUCUCCCGCUUUCCAUCACCCCGCCCCAUUCUCCCGCUUUCCAUCACCCCGCCCCAUUCUCCCGCUUUCUAUCACCCCGCCCCAUUCUCCCGCUUUCCAUCACCCAGCCCCAUUCUCCCGCUUUCCAUCACCCCGCCCCAUUCUCCCGCUUUCCAUCACCCCGCCCAAUUCUCCCUCUUUCCAUCACCCACCCCCAUUCUCCCUCUUUCCAUCACCCUGCCCCAUUCUCCCGCUUUCCAUCACCACGCCCCAUUCUCCCUCUUUGCACCACCCCGCCCCAUUCUCCCUCUUUCCAUCACCCCGCCCCAUUCUCCCGCUUUCCAUCACCCCGCCCCAUUCUCCCUCUUUCCAUCACCCCGCCCCAUUCUCCCGCUUUCCAUCACCCCGUUCCAUUCUUCCUCUUUCCAUCAACCCGCUCCAUACUCCCGCUUUCCAUCACCCCGCCCAAUUCUCCCUCUUUCCAUCACCCCUCCUCGUUCUCCCUCUUUCCAUCACCCCGCCCCAUUCUCCCGCUUUCCACCACCCCGCUCCAUUCUCCCGCUUUCCAUCACCCCACCCAAUUCUCCCGCUUUCCAUCACCACGCCCCAUUUUCCCUCUUUCCAUCACCCCGCCCCAUUCUCCCGCUUUCUAUCACCCCGCCCCAUUCUCCCGCUUUCCAUCACCCCGCUCCAUUCUCCCACUUUCCAUCACCCCGCCCAAUUCUCCCUCUUUCUAUCACCCCUCUCCAUUCUCCCUCUUUCCAUCACCCCGCCCCAUUCUCCCGCUUUCCAUCACCCCGCCCCAUUCUCCCUCUUUCCAUCACCCCGCCCCAUUCUCCCGCUUUCCAUCACCCCGCCCGCUUUCCAUCACCCCGCUCCAUUCUCCCGAUUUCGAUCACCCCGCCAAUUCUCCCUCUUUCCAUCACCCCUCCCCAUUCUCCCUCUUUCCAUCAAACUGCCCCAUUCUCCCGCUUUCCAUCACCCCGGCCCAUUCUCCCUCUUUCCAUCACCCAGCCCCAUUCAAUCGCUUUCCAUCACCCCGCCCCAUUCUCCCUCUUUCCAUCACCCCGCCCCAUUCUCCCGCUUUCCAUCACCCCGCCCCAUUCUCCCUCUUUCCAUCACCCCGCCCCAUUCUCCCGCUUUCCAUCACCCCGUUCCAUUCUCCCUCUUUCCAUCAACCCGCUCCAUACUCCCGCUUUCCAUCACCCCGCCCAAUUCUCCCUCUUUCCAUCACCCCUCCUCGUUCUCCCUCUUUCCAUCACCCCGCCCCAUUCUCCCGCUUUCCACCACCCCGCUCCAUUCUCCCGCUUUCCAUCACCCCACCCAAUUCUCCCGCUUUCCAUCACCACGCCCCAUUUUCCCUCUUUCCAUCACCCCGCCCCAUUCUCCCGCUUUCUAUCACCCCGCCCCAUUCUCCCGCUUUCCAUCACCCCGCUCCAUUCUCCCACUUUCCAUCACCCCGCCCAAUUCUCCCUCUUUCUAUCACCCCUCUCCAUUCUCCCUCUUUCCAUCACCCCGCCCCAUUCUCCCGCUUUCCAUCACCCCGCCCCAUUCUCCCUCUUUCCAUCACCCCGCCCCAUUCUCCCGCUUUCCAUCACCCCGCCCGCUUUCCAUCACCCCGCUCCAUUCUCCCGAUUUCGAUCACCCCGCCAAUUCUCCCUCUUUCCAUCACCCCUCCCCAUUCUCCCUCUUUCCAUCAAACUGCCCCAUUCUCCCGCUUUCCAUCACCCCGGCCCAUUCUCCCUCUUUCCAUCACCCAGCCCCAUUCAAUCGCUUUCCAUCACCCCGCCCCAUUCUCCCUCAUUCCAUCACCCCGCCCCAUUCUCCCGCUUUCCAUCACCCGCCCCAUUCUCCCGCUUUCCAUCACCCCGCCCCAUUCUCCCUCUUUCCAUCACCCCGCCCCAUUCUCCCGCCUUCCAUCACCCCGCCCCAUUCUCCCGCUUUCCAUCACCCCGCCCCAUUCUCCCGCUUUCCAUCACCCCACCCCAUUCUCCCGACUUGCAUCAUCCCGCCCCAUUCUCCCGCCUUCCAUCACCCCGCCCCAUUCUCCCUCUCUCCAUCACCCCGCUCCUUUCUCCCGCUUUCCAUCACCCCGCCCCAUUCUCCCUCUUUCCAUCACCCCGCCCCAUUCUCCCGCUGUCCAUCACACCACCCCAUUCUCCCGCUUUCCAUCACCUCGCCCUAUUUUCUCUCUUUCCAUCACCCCGCCCCAUUCUCCCGCUUUCCAUCACCCCGCCCCAUUCUCCCGCUUUCCAUCACCCCGCUCCAUUCUCCCGCUUUUCAUCACCCCUCCCCAUUCUCCUCCUUUCAUCACCCCGCCCCAUUCUCCCGCUUUCCAUCACCCCGCGCCAUUCUCCCGCUUUCCAUCACCCCGCCCCAUUCUCCCGCUCUCCAUCACCCCGCCCCAUUCUCCCGCUCUCCAUCACCCCGCCUUAUUCUCCCUCUUUCCAUCACCUCGCCCCAUUCUCCCUCUUUCCAUCACCCCUCCCCAUUCUCCCGCUGUCCAUCACCCCGCCCCAUUCUCCCACUUUCCAUCACCCCGCCCCAUUCUCCCGCUUUCCAUCACCCUGCCCAUUCUCCCUCUUUCCAUCACCCCGCCCCAUUCUCCCUCUUUCCAUCACCCCGCCCCAUUCUCCCUCUAUCCAUCACCCCGCCCAAUUCUCCCGCUUUCCAUCACCCCGUCCCAUUCUCCGCUUUCCAUCACCCGCCCCAUUCUCCUGCUUUCCAUCACCCCGCCCCAUUCUCCCGCUUUCCACCACCCCUCGCCAUUCUCCCGCUUUCCAUCACCCCGCCCCAUUCUCCCUCUUUCCAUCACCCCGCCCCAUUCUCCUGCUUUCCAUCACCCCGCCCCAUUCUUCCUCUUUUCAUCACCCCGCCCCAUUCUCCCGCAUUCCAUCACUCCGCCCCAUUCUCCCGCUUUCCACCACCCCGCCCCAUUCUCCCGCUUUCCACCACCCCGCCCCAUUCUCCCGCUUUCUAUCACCCCGCCCCAUUCUCCCGCUUUCCAUCACUUCGCCCAAUUAUCUCGAUUUCCAUCACCCCGCCCCAUUCUCCCGCUUUCUAUCACCCGGCCCAAUUCUCCCGCUUUCCAUCACCCCGCCCCAUUCUCCCGCCUUCCAUCACCCCGCCCCAUUCUCCCACUUUCCAUCACCCCGCCCCGUUCUCCUGCUUUCCAUCACCCCACCCCAUUCUCCCGAUUUGCAUCACCCCGCCCCAUUCUCCCGCUUUCCAUCACCCCGCCCCAUUCUCCCUCUUUCCAUCACCCCGCCCCAUUCUCCCGCUUUCCAUCACCCCGCCCCAUUCUCCCUCUUUCCAUCUCCCCGCCCCAUUCUCCCGCUUUCCAUCACACCACCCCAUUCUCCCGCUUUCCAUCACCCCGCAAUAUUUUCCCUUUUUCCAUCACCCCGCCCCAUUCUCCCGCUUUCCAUCACCCCGCCCCAUUCUCCCGCUUUCCAUCACCCCGCUCCAUUCUCCCGCUUUCCAUCACCCCACCCAAUUCUCCAACUUUCCAUCACCCCUCCCCAUUCUCCCGCUUUCCAUCACCCCGCCCCAUUCUCCCGCUUUCCAUCACCCCGCCCCAUUCUCCCGCUUUCCAUCACCCCGCCCCAUUCUCCCGCCUUCCAUCACCACGCCCCAUUCUCCCGAUUUCCAUCACCCCGCCCCAUUCUCCCGCUUUCCAUCAUCCCGCCCCAUUCUCCCGCUUUCCAUCACCCCGCCCCAUUCUCCCUCUUUCCAUCACCCCGCCCCAUUCUUCCUCUUUCCAUCACCCCGCCCCAUUCUCCCGAUUUCCAUCACCCCGCCCCAUUCUCCCAAUUUCCAUCGCCCCGCCCCAUUCUCCCUCUUUCCAUCACCCCGCCCCAUUCUCCCUCUUUCCAUCACCCCGCCCCACUCUCCCGCCUUCCAUCACCCCACCUUAUUCUCCCUCUUUCCAUCACCCCGCCUCAUUCUCCCUCUUUCCAUCACCCCGCCCCAUUCUCCCGCUUUCCAUCACCCCGCCCCAUUCUCCCUCUUUCCAUCACCCCGCCCCAUUCUCCCUCUUUCCAUCACCCCACCCCAUUCUCCCGCUUUCCAUCACCCCGCGCCAUUUUCCCUCUUUCCAUCACCCCGCCCCAUUCUCCCGCUUUCCAUCACCCCGCCCCAUUCUCUCGCUUUCCAUUAUCUAGCUCCAUUGUCCCGCUUUCUAUCACCCCACGCCCUGCCCUGCGCUGCGCCGUCAGUGCGCGCCCUGCCCUGCCCUGCCUUGCAUCACAUUGCCUGUGUACGCCCAGCCCUACGUCGCGCUGCCCCGUGCACGCCCUGCCCUGCCCCGCGUCGCGCUGCAUUGCGCACGCCCUGCCCUGCCCCGCGUCGCGUUGCCUCGCGCACGCUCUGCCCUGCCCCAUGCCCUGCUGCCCUCCGCGUCGCGCCCUGCUGCAGCCCGCGCGUCGCGCUCUGCUGCCCCGCGCGUCGCGCUCUGCUGCAGCCCGCGCGUAGUGCCCUGCUGCCCUGCGUGUCACGCCCUACCGCCUGCCCGUUAGGCCCGCCGCGGGCCCUCCCUUCGCGCCGCCGCACCUGCCCGUUAUGCCUGCUGCCGCGCCCGCCCGCUAGGCCUGCCUUGGGCCCUGCCUUCGCACUGCCACACCUACCCGUUCGGCACGUCACGAGCCCGCCCGUUCGCCCCUCCCGCACCUGUCCGCUACGCCCGCCGUGGGCCCGCCCCUUGCGCCCGCCGUGCCUGCGUUUUUCGCCCACCGUGCCUGCGUUUUGCGCCCGCCGCGGGCCUGCACUCGCUGCCCAGCGCCACCCUGCCCGUGCGCGCUGCUGCCCGCGCCAGCGCCCUGCCCUGCCAACGCGCCAGCGCCCUGCCCUGCGCGCUCUGGCGCCCUGCCGUGCCCUGCCCGAGCCGCCUCUGCAGCGCCCUAUGCGCCCUGCUAAACCCUAA